CAGUUGUCCGGCAAGUUCCGAUCACGUAAUCUUUCUGGAAGUGAACCACCAUCUAGUACUUACCUCCGCCAUACGCGGCUUCUGUCUGGCCCGCCUGCUUUUUUGAGCCCUCCUUUUCAAUUUUGAGGAAUAUUUUUCUCUGCUACCAAGUGUCAUCGAUUCAUCUGGGAAAGGCUACUGUAUACGUCUACUCUUGCACUAAGCGCCAAUUCUGCCUGCUGACUAAGCACCCCCUACCAUGAGUUCUUCCGAAUCGUCCAAGUUUGCAUCAUUUGCGGCAUAUGCACCUCCUCCCGAUGACCCUUCUUAUAUCUCUUCCUCGCGUGCUGCAGCUAGGACAUGGUUUCCAACCGAGACUUCAUACCAGUCGGGAGGAGUACCAUCGUUUAGUACCGUUGCAUCAGGUGGCUUAGGCUCCUCUGAAGGGGUUGAAAACCAGCAGAACCAGUGGGAAACGCGGUACGGGAAUCGUGUUGACGUAUUGGCGGCAUUGGCAUAUCUAUUUGGACCAAUAUCUGCUUUUCUUCUUCUGAUUGUGGAGACACAUAAUGACUUUGUCCGGUUUCAUGCCUACCAGUCAGCUCUGUUGACUACGCCACUGAUUGUUCUCCGAAUACUGAUGUCUUUGUUGCAAUUUCCGCAAUGGACACGAACUCUUAUAACCCUGGUAAUCGUAGGAGCGCAGUUGUACAUGGCUUUCCGGGCGUUCCGUGACGCUUCGCGCAAUAGUUUGGUUAGGUACCAUCUACCUACCAUCGGUCAAAUUGCAGAAGAUUGGUUAGCAGAGGAAUAGCCGCUUCAGCCUUCACACUUGACGGUCAUAAUUUUUAUAUGUAUUUCUUUACCUAUGGAUAGAAUACUGUAUCGCAUAAGUG